AAUUAAGCGUUAUCCAAAUGCAACAUCCAGCUGGUUAGUGGGGAUAUUUCACCAAACCCUGGCCCAAACACAAGUCCUGAAGAAGCGGGGAGAAGUGAAACUCGGCGAAAGUGUUUAGAUUCGAAUAUUAAAAUUGCACAUUUGAAUAUUCGUUCUAUUAAAAAUCGAAAUAGUUUUCUCCUUGUGAAAGAAGCAUUAAUGAAACACAAGUUUGAUAUCCUGACAAUCAACGAGACCUGGCUCGAUAACUCUAUUACUGAUGCUGAAAUAUGGAUCCCCGGCUACAACAUCUAUCGACUCGAUCGCGUAUCUAGAGUAGGUGGCGGUGUGUGUGUCUACACGAAGGAUAAUUUUAAGAUUAGCAGUUUGAAUGAUUUAUCAUAUAUAGCAGAUUCAGGCCUACAGAUGUUAUGGCUCAAAGUUCAGGUUGGAAAUUUACGAUCCUUUUUAAUCUGUACUGCCUAUAGACCACCAAAUGCCCCCUUAAAUUGUUUUGAAACGGAUUUUAGUCGCACCCUAGUAUCCGCCUUGCUGAUGAGUAAAUCAAUAUACAUAUUAGGAGAUUUAAACUGUAAUGUCUUAAACACUGGUGAUCCUACAUGCCAAGCUCUAUUGAAUUUCUGCUCCACUUUUAACUUGGCCCAACUAAUAACCCAACCUACGAGAAUAACAGCGACUUUGUUAGAUGUUAUACUCGUUUCGAACAAAGAGCUUAUAAUUGAAUCUAAUAUGGUACCAAUUUCAAUAAGCGAUCAUGACUUAGUAUAUGCCACCCUGAAGUUAAAGAAAGAACGUCAAAAGCCUGUUUAUGUUAAUACCAGAAGCUUUCGACAAAAUAAUCCCAAUUCGUUUUCUCAAGAUAUGUCGUACGCACCUUGGUCGGUUAUAAAUGUUUUUGAUGAUAUAGACGACAAGCUUAAUGCAUUUAACCUGAUAUUGAAUAAUAUCUUGGACUUGCAUGCUCCUAUCAAAAGAGUUAAAGUAAGAAGUCGACAAAACCCGUUUAUAUAACUGAAGAACUUCGCUGCAUGUCUCAUGAAAACUAGAGACCACUGGAGGAAAUUGGCUAGACAAACAAAUGACACCUUAGCUUGGGCGGCUUAUAGAAAUUUUAAGAAGGAAGUGAGGCGAGAAAUUAGAUUAGCCGAACAAGAGCAUAUCAUGGAACAAAUAAUGAGUAAUCCCAACAACAAAAGAAGUAUUUGGAAAACAAUACGAUCUUGUAUCCCAAAACAAACCACGCGACAGAAGUCCUAUAAUAGAGAUGAAAAGAUCAUUGCAAAUGAGUUUAACACUUAUUUUACGACUCUUGGCCAAAUAACUUCUGAACAAAUAAAUUCCAAGGCCGCUCAAUCUAAUUAUGACUUAACACAACCAGCAGUCCCCACUCAAGAAUACCCAGAUGAUGAACAAUUUUUCUUUAAGCCGAUGAGCAGCGGAGAAAUCGAGAAUGUUAUUCGCUCAAUGCCAAUGAAUAAGGCACCUGGCCAUGAUAAAAUACCUAUACGCGUGAUUAAAGAUAGCCUCCCUGCAAUCCUUUUACCUAUCACCUCAAUCGUCAAUGCGUCUUUAUAUUCUACAUGCCAGUUUCCAAGUACUUGGAAGAAGGCUGAG